AUGCGGAUGCAGCAGGGCUGCCGCCACGCUGCCCCCGCUGCCUCCUCGGCCCCGCAGCGAAGCGCCGGGCAGCUCGGGAACCUGGCCCCGGAGCAGCUCUGCUCCGUCCUGAGUUGGGCUGAUGAAGGUAGUCGGCUUAGCACGUUCAGAAGGCUUUUUACUUCCUUUGUGGAGCAAAAGAAAAAAGCAGGAGUGUUUGAACAAAUCACUAAAACUCACAGAACAAUUGUUAGCAUUGCGUCAGGGAUUGUCUUGGUCCUUCUCAUUAUUUCUAUUUUAGUACAAGUGAAACAGCCUCGAAAAAAGGUCAUGGCUUGCAAAACUGCUUUUAAUAAAACUGGAUUUCAAGAAGAGUUUGAGCCUCCUCAUUAUGAACUGUUUUCACCGAGAGACAAGGAGAUGUCUGCAGACGUGUCAGAGGAACUGGACAGCGACCAGACGACGCGGCGCUCCUCCACUGCGUCGCCGUGCAUCCACGACCAUCACUGGGGAUCGCAAGCACCCAGCAUCAAGCAAAGCAGGACCAACCUGAGUUCCAUGGAACUUCCCUUCCGAAAUGGUUUUGCACAACCGCAGCCAAUGAAGACAUUUAAUAGCAUCUUCAAAAAGAGAAGCUACACUUUCAAGCAGGCACAUGAGUGCCCUGAACAGGCCCUAGAAGACAGAGUAAUGGAAGAGAUUCCCUGUGAAAUCGUCAGAGGGAGGGAAGAUUCUGCACAAGCAUCCAUAGCCAUCGAUUUUUUUUGUUAA